ACGCUAAGCCUUCUGGGAUCAACGUGACGUCACUAGUCAUUGAAGCAAAUAUCUAGUACUGGAGAAGUCGUGUUCCCAUGACCGGUGUUGUUAUCAAGCUCUCAGGGGAAAAUGGACAAGUCUAAUACACAACCCCAAAACAACUCUAAUACACCGAGUCCGAGCAAUGAAAUACAGGCCGAGAAGCGAAGGAAUGCUUUCGGUCUCACAUAUGCCGUGGAUGAAAACCCGCCAUGGUACGCGUGUAUUGUUCUCGGUUUUCAGCAUUACCUUACGAUGUUGGGCGGAACUCUUACCAUUCCAUUCAUCUUGAGUGGACCGAUGGGCUUCUCCAACAACCCUCUAGUCGUCGCGGAGGUUCUCUCUACUAUGUUUUUCGUCUCGGGCAUCACCACUCUUUUGCAGACCACAUUAGGCGUCAGGUUGCCAAUCAUCCAAGGAGGGUCAUUCUCCUUCUUGGCGCCGACUUUUGCCAUCUUGUCGCUCCCGCAGUUCAAGUGUCCAGCGGGUACAGUUACAGGUGAAUUAAACAUAUCAUCUAACGCAACAACGGUCGACAGCGGCGAUUGGAGAAUACGCAUGCGCGAGAUCCAAGGUGCCAUCAUGAUCUCCUCAAUGUUCCAAAUCUUCAUCGGAUUCUCAGGAAUCGUGGGAUUCCUGUUGCGCUUCAUUGGACCAAUCACAGUGGCACCUACGAUCACUCUGAUUGGCUUAUCGCUAUUCCAUGUCGCUGCAGAGCAUGCUGGCAAUCAUUGGGGAGUGGCUUUCACGACGGUGGCGUUGAUAACCAUCUUCUCUCAGAUGCUUACCAACAUCGAGGUGCCCCUGCCGGGCUACAGGUUCAAGAAAGGCUUCUUCGUCGCACACUCUCCGGUAUUCAGGCUUUUUCCGAUCAUUCUAGCAAUCUUUGUAUCGUGGAUGAUUUGCGCUAUCGUCACGGCUGCGGGAGGAUUCCCAGAUGACCCUAAGAACCCAAACUUUCACGCGAGGACAGAUGCGCGGACGAUUGUUUUGCGAGAAAGUAAAUGGUUCAGGUUCCCUUACCCAGGUCAAUGGGGCACGCCCACUGUUAGUGCCGCAGGGGUGUUUGGGAUGCUGGCUGGUGUCUUGGCAUCAAUCAUCGAGUCCAUAGGCGACUACUACGCAUGCUCUAGAUUAUGCGGAGCACCUCCUCCCCCUAAGCAUGCCGUCAAUCGCGGGAUCGGUAUGGAGGGCAUUGGAUGCCUCAUCACCGGACUGUGGGGGAGUGGUAACGGGACAACGUCAUACAGCACGAAUAUCGGGGCCCUUGGUAUGACAAAGGUUGGCAGUUUGCGUGUGAUCCAGUUCGCAGGGAUGAUCCUAGUUGUCAUGGGCGUGGUCGAAAAAAUAGGUGCUCUUUUCACCACCGUACCUGGUCCCAUUGUAGGCGGGGUCUUUAUGGUGAUGUUCGGGAUAGUGGCUGCGGUGGGGAUCUCCACCUUGCAGUUCGUCGAUUUAAAUUCGUCACGCAAUCUCUUCAUCAUCGGAUUGUCGCUGAUGCUUGGCUUCGCGUUGCCAUGGUAUUUGGAUAAGCAUCCGGGUGCCAUAGCCACAGGUUCACGAGAGGUCGAUCAGAUCAUCACUGUACUCUUGAAGACCAACAUGGCGGUGGCAGGAAUACUUGCACUCUUUCUGGACAAUGCGAUUCCAGGAACACCAGAAGAGCGAGGUAUCAAUAGAUGGCGAUCAGUUGUUACCCAGGAAGAAGAUGAGAGUGGAUCUCUUGCUUCAAUCCACAUCUAUGACCUACCGUUUGGACUGAACCGCCUGAGCAAACUGCGAAUUGCGAGAUUUCUUCCGUUCCUACCGUACUAUACAGCAGAAGAGAACAUCCAUGGAGAGAAGGGGGCUGUAGAAACAAACCAACUAGUUGUUAAAGGGGAGGGGGCGCGAUACAGAAGCAUUAAGGGGUCACACUAGCGCCAUCCCUGAGCCUUACAGCCUCUUAGCCUUGCUCACAGGAGCAAAAAAUGGCAAAGUUCAAAUUGUAAGGUCGUGUUAUAUAGCUUAUAUUCGCUUGAUUAUUUGCAUAGAUGUUCCUUGUGUAAUAUAAAACAAAAUAAGCUUUUGUAUUUCUUGGUAGAUAAUCCGUUCUUGAGGUAUUGCAAAUUGCAAGACUCUUGAUUUGUCUGAAAUUGACCAAUUUGGGCGAAAUUGUUUCAUGAUUUAUGGCAACUUUCCUCAAUCAUAUCUCACGCACGGAUCAUCUACCAAAAAUACUAAUGCUUAUUUUGUUUUAUAUUAUGCAAGGAACUUCUAGGCAAAAUAUAAAUGUAACCUAACACAACCUUACAAUUUUAAUUUUGCCAUUUUUUGCUCCUGUCACUGUAGGAGAGUUUCCUGGUUUUAUCGAAUAUAAAAUCAAGCGCUCACCCCA